AUGUCUUAUCAAACAAAUCCUAAUACAUUGGUUUUUAUUAAUGAAUCUAAUAAAUCAUUUUCAAUUAAUUCACGAAAUCAAUUAAACAAUAGUUCACUUCAAAUACCGGUUAUUAAGGUACCUUUUCCACCUAUAGUUGAUAUAGAUGAUUUAAUUACAAGACAAAGAGUGGGAAAGAAACCUCACACAAAACCACCGAAUGCCUUUCUGAUUUACAGAAUGCAAUACGUUAAAGAGCUUGCUAAAACACAUAGAUUACCUAUAAGAGCUAUUUCUUCCAUCAUCGCUAGUUCUUGGAGGCAAGAACCUAAUCAUGUUGUUGAUCAUUACGAAAAUAUCGCAGAUCAAGCAAAAAAGCGGUUUGACCUAAAUUUUCUGAAACCUACUUUCCAAAAAGUGCCUGUUUCACGCCAUUCUCGACAAAGGACUAUAAAGAAACAUAUCAUACCUACUUUUUAUUCUUUUUAUUCAAAUGAUUUCUUUUUACCUCACAAUUAUCAAAUGCUUACUUAUAACCCCUAA